AUGGUUAAUCAAAUUACUGGAAAUAAAUUACCAUCCAAUGGAGACUGCCUUCGGGUAUUAUUUCAUAACAUGCGUGUUGUAAAUUUAAAUUUAAAUGAUAGUUCGGGCCUUGUUGCUGAUGAAUGCUUAUUGUUUUGGAAAAAGGCAAGAAUACCUACUCAACAUCAUUGUGAUGUAGUUCGAAAAAUAAAAAAUGUAUAUGAAAGUUGGCGAAGCUUAGAUAAAAAUAAAACAAGAAAGUCUGCAACACAACAGUACAAUGAAAAAAAAUUUCAAAACUCAUUAAAUAAUUUGUUUGAUAUUGCCCACAAAGAUGCUUUCAAUAUAAUUAAAAUUGAAGAAGACAGGCAGUUUCUAACUUUACAAAGACAAGAAGGUCGUGUUGGGUAUAUGAUAGGUGUGGACAAAAAAUUAUGUGCAGUUGAAGAACGAAGAUCUGAGCGAGAGCAAAGGAGAGAAUUGUUCAAGCAAACAAACAUCGAUUAUGGAACCGGCCCAACUAACAGUGUUGAUGUUGUGGAGAGUAUAUCAAGCGAUGAUGAACGUGAUGUGCUUAACUCUAAAGAUUCCGAAAUUUGUGAAAGUAUUACAAUGCCAGUGAAAAAUAAACGAGGUAGGAAAGAAAUUAUGAAUAGUCGUUUAGCAUCAGUUUUAGACAAAUGUAAGGUUAGUGACAGGGAUGCAGUUCACUUAUUAAUAGCAUGUGCCGAGGUAUUUAAUGUAGAUGUAAAAGACUAUGCGAUAAGUCGCUCUUCAAUUAAGAGAGCUCGUGAAAGUUUUCGUUACCAAAUAUCUUCCGAAAUUAAAACAGCGUUCCAUCAAUUAAACUUAAAUUCUGUAGUUGUUCACUGGGACUCAAAAAUACUUCCUAAUUUGAUUGGAACAGAAAAUGUAGAUAGAUUACCAGUUAUUAUAACAGCACCAAACGUAGAACAACUUCUUGGAGUACCACAUUUGUCAUCUGGUACCGGAAAGGAAAUUUCUUCUGCAGUGUAUGACACAUUAAAGGAUUGA